CUCGGGACGCAACACAGAAGGAUGAGAGCGAGGCGCCCGGCGGCCAUCUGGGGAACCGGUGGCAACGUCAGGACCGACUGAAAGACCGAAAGCGCCGGACCCCUUUUCACUCACUCAGUCAGUGAGUGAGUGAGUUGAGCCACCUCCCGCUGGAAGGAAGCGGGGAACAUGUUUUGAAAGCUGGCCCUUUGACGUCAUCGGGUCCUUUUAAAAGCCGCCGGACCUGCGCAGGGAGGCAGAUGCGCCAAGAUGUUUUCGGCUGCUCUGCUCUGCGUCUUCAUCUGCUGGACCGCCACCGGCCACGCGGACCACCAUCAGCACUGUCGCUCACCCAACAUGACCGGCUACUUUUCAAUGAUGGGGCAGAGGGCCGAAACAAGAGCGAGCGGUCAAUUCACGUACGACUCCACCAACAAGAAACUCCGGCUCCAGCCCAAUUCCAGCUUUCCGUGGAACGCAACCUUGGACCUGGACCUCUUGGUCUUCUUUGAGGAGGGGAUUUUGUACAAGAUCGACAGCAAAAACCAGAGCUGCGAGAAGAAGUCGCUGCAGUGCACAAAGAACCCUUUUGCGCUCCCCAGCGACGCCACCUACAUGACCACAAUGACCUCCGGGAGCGUCUCCAUUGAGGGCGAAGGCUUGAAGUUUCAAGUUUGGACAACGCCGACGGCAGACUCGAAAGGCCAGAACAUCAUGUGCCUGACCAUGGGCUGUUUGCCACUAAGCACCAUCUACGUGAGCGAAUCGUCCACGUCCAUAUUCAGCAACAUGAACAUUGAACUGGAGAUCAAGGAUCCGGAUGUCUUCGUGGUGCCGUCCUUUUGCCAAGGGUUGCCCGCGGAGGAGGCCCCAGAAGGGACCGUCUACGGCUUCUACGACGAAUUCCUGUAAAGUCGGGCGGGGCAAAAAGCUGCCGUCCCCGUCAGAGCGCUUCCCUUCUUUUCAUGUGCAACUUUAACGCUUCGCAUUGCCCCUUCCACUCCUCCGAGCCGAAAGAAAUCACGCUGUGUACAUGUAAAGGUCGUAUAAUACAUGAUUAAUCAUGACUAAUUAACUGCUUCCAAAACCCUUUACGAUAUGAAGAAUGAAAGAAGAACAAGAAAAUGUGUCCGUGGUUUCAACUGGAGCCUGUGUGUGUGUGUGUGUGUGUGUGUGUCUUGGGUACGAGUUGAAGACUGCACUGGCUGACUGUUCUGUCUUCAGUUAAUAAAACAGCAAAUAUAGACUGACUGACUGACUGACUGAGCCGUGGGAGGGGAUUACAGCGUGAGAUGUUGGCAGCCGUACCGUAUGUUGUCUUUUGCUUGCUGUCCAUCACGAGGUUCUGACUUCCAAUCUCGUUUCGGAUGAGGACGGUCGAGAAACACGCAGGCGGCGGCGCUCCGUUCGUUGGGCUCCGAAUGGUCGAAAAUAUCAUUGAUUUGAAGGCGACUCUACGUCCGUUUAUCUCUUUGCCGAUCUGUCGCGUAUCAAUCCGUCAGACCGUCCGUUUCGAGGAUCGAGCUCAAAGGCGGCCACGAUUUUUAAAAUAAUCUGAUGAGCCGGAGCAGUGGUAACUACGGUACUAUAUUCAAUGUGAAAUACUUAAUAUGAUUCAUAUUGUUUUGUCAUUUUAUUAGCUACGAUCAGUCUGACAAUAAUGAAUGAAACAAUUAUUUGACCAAACAAAUCCAAAACUGGUACAUGAACCUCGACAUUUCUUUUUUUCUAUUGAAGUCGCUUACCAGAAGGCGGCACGGCGACUGUAAAACGUUGGCCUCGCAGUUGUGAGGAUCGGGGUUCAAAUCCCGGCCUCCGCCCACCCGUGCCUGUGUGGCUUUUCUCCAGGCACUCCAGCCUCCUCCCACAUCCCCAAAAGCAUUCCUUGGAGACUCGAAAUUGCCACGUCGGUGUGAUCGUGAGUGCGAAUGGUUGGUUGUCUCCACGUGCCCGGCGAAUGGCUGGCGACCAGUUCAGGGUCACUCCCGCGACACUUGCGGGGAUAAGUGGCACAGAAAUGGAUGGAUGGACGGAUGGAUGGACGGAGGGUGACCAGUAUCAGUAUUUGUACCGUCAUGAAUAAAUAAAUGCAGACGGACUACAGGAUUGAACAAUCAUUUCAAGCAUAAAAGAUCUAUAUCAUCUAUUUUUUAAAACGCUUUCUAAUGAAGGCAUUUUUAAUGAAGACGAGCACCGGCUGUGCUAACUGAUCUGCUAACCGGCGACACGGCGGCCAUGUCGGGGAGCUCGACGUGAACGUUGAAAUGAAGUCCGAACUUGCGUAUUUCCCAACCAAGCAACCUCGAUGAGGUUUACUUUAUUUGUCAACGCCAAAGUGUGAGCUAUCGAUACGGAACACUUUGGAGCGCACAAACAUAUUUUGACGUGUGAACGGUUUACUUCCACGUGGCCGGAUUUGAACCCCGGUCCUCAGAACUGUCAGGCAGACACUCAAACGGGACGUCCGCAGCGCUGGCCAAAAAUGAUGCCAUUAUUUGAAAUGAUUUAGCUCCACAAACAUUUCUGUUUAUUACCUGAUUAUUUUUGAAUUUGGUUUUGUUCAAUGAUUGUGAAACAAAAACCCCCAAAAAGCAACAAUCAAGCAACGUCACACAGGAAGUGUAUUCUCCAAUUGUUUGACCUCUCGUAUACUAAUAUGAAACACUCUCGUUUGAGAUCUGCUUCUGAAGGUGCUUCGGGUUCAGCUACACGUUUAUUACAGGUUCCUACUGUGCAAAUAAUGGUUAUGUUCGUGAUGGAUUUCCAUAAUCUGAUUAUGAAUCAGUCACUGCAUGGAAAAGAGGGCAAGAUGUUGAUCAUCGUCUUCCUAAGUAAAAGCAGAUGUUUGCAAAUCUUUAAUAUUGGGGCUGUUGUAGGUAUGUCAUGAUUUGCUUUUCUCAUCCUGUUGACAAUUAGUAGUUUGUCUUUUGUCUUGGUCCCCCCCCCC